AUGCGGAGGCGGGCACGCGAGGCUGGCGGAGGCGGGAGCGGCAGGAGCGGCGCGUGGAAGGCGGCGGCGCUGGGGGAACGCGGAGGAGGUGCGGCGCGCGGGCCGCUGCGUGAAGCUGGGGUCGGCCAUCGACUCCAGAAGCGAAGUCAACGCGAUGAGUUAAUGUUUUCCACGUGCAGGACAUGUUUGCACUGGGCCUGUAAGCGGAACCACGCGGCCGUGGUGGCUUAUCUGCUGCACGCAGGAGCAGACAAGGACAUCCUGACCAAGAAAGGAGAGAGGCCAGCCCAGUUAACAUCCAAGAGGGAGAUCAAGGAGAUGCUGGGAGUGGAAGACGAUGAACUCCCGGACCUAAAGCAAGAUUCAGACCUGCCAAUCAUCCCCAAUUACCUGGCUAACCCACCUUUCCCUUAUGUUUAUAACACCACGGGCAGCAGCAUUCCAGAUCCCACUGUGAAUGGGAGUGUCUCCCAUUCUGAACCGCACGAUGCCGACUCCCUGUCCGUGCCUGACGCGGAGCUUUGCAGACGUGCGCCGCCACAGCACGGGAACGCUGCUCCCGAGGGGGCUCCCAAUGGGGACAUGCCACCCCUGCCCCGAGGGCCUGUUGGGCCACCACGCUCACACCCUGUCCUCCAGAGAACUCCUGUUUACCAGGGGCCGUUGUCGUGGAGCAGAGGCCCCCCUUCGCCGGCAGGAUCCAACCAGUCCGUACCCCAGCAAGAGAACGGCUCCCGCGUGGGGCCUGUGCCAGCCUUCCAGCCCGUGUUCUUCACAGGAGCUUUUCCACUCAAUAUGCAAGAACUGGUGCUUAAAGUUAGAAUACAAAACCCUAAUCUUAGAGAAAAUGACUUCAUUGAAAUUGAACUGGACAGACAAGAACUGACCUACAAGGAACUGCUCCGAGUGAGUUGCCAUGAGCUGGGUGUGAACCCCGAGCACGUACAGAAGAUCAGAAAAUUACCAAAUACAAUGUUAAGAAAGGACAAAGAUGUUGCAAGGCUACAGGAUUUCCAAGAAUUGGAGCUUGUUCUAAGCGACAGAAACUUACUUUUCAGAGUCCCAACACUUUCUGAACGGAGUGGUUAUAACAAGAAGGCAUCAGAACUUACAUACUGAUUGUUCAAGGAAUAAAACAAAAUAUUUGUAUCUCUCAUUUUAAAAUUAAGUUUGAAACACAAUAUCUAUAAGGGCUAAUGAUGUGAAAAAAAAUCUAUUUUGUUAACCUGGAAAUAACUUAAAGUGGUUAUGCACAGUUACAGCUUCUAGUUAAUCUAAGAGCAGUGAGUCUGAUAUGAAAGUAGCUCAAUGCAAAGGAAGUAUUGGCAGAACUAUCUGUUAAUGCGACACUUUUCCUUACAAAAAGAUAAUCUUCAAACACUGCAGAGUUAGCAGCUCUCAGGGAAAGGCUUACCUUAAGCUGUUCUAAUAAUUUGAUUGCUAUAAAAUAGCAGAGGUACUCAAGCUAAAGAACCUGCCACGAAGCCCAUUUAGUGUUUGUACUGAGUCCAUUACCAUUAAUGUUCCCUUUUUAGAUUGUGUAUAUUAAGUCAUAUCUUACUUAGAAGG